AUGGCUUCCAACGCACCCCGAGCUCCAUCUCUUCCGCCUCCCACCACUAUACCUUCACCACAAUAUCAACCUCCUCCUCCCCCCACGACCACAUCUCCAGAACCUUGCCAAUGCCGGCCCCCUCACCAGGACAAGAUGUCGCAUCCAGCCUACCACACAUCCUAUAUGCGAGGCCCCACGAUCAAACUCAUCAUCGGCCAUGGUCUCUCCGCAGUCCACUACACGCUUCCCAUCCGCCUCCUGGCCGUGAACUCAGAACUCCUCACCCGAGACAUGAGCCAGAUGCUCUCCCUCAACGGCGCCACAGCCGGCCUCCACAUCAAGCGCAAGACCCCGCACGAUUCCUCACCAGAAAUGACGCGCAAGCCCUUUUCCGAGCUCAGCGCCGACGCCUCGACAGGCCGCAGUGAGAUACCGCGUGUUGAGGCAGCCAAGGCGGAAAUGGUGUUGCAGUAUUCGCAGAUGGAGAUGGAUAGCUUUGGGCUAUUUUUGAGGUUCAUGUUGACGGGGGAUUAUCCGGUGGGUGUUGAUGUUGGGUUUGCGGCUGUUUGGGUGCCGUGGUGUAGUCGCGAGGCGUGGGUUUGGAAGGGGAUGGCGUGGGAUGUUGGGGGUGGACAGAAGGAGACAGAGCGGACAUCCCCAAGCUGGAUUUCAGCAGAACGGAAACCUUCAACCGGGACAUCAGCAGAACGAAUCCUCACAAGCUAG